AUGAAGUGCAGGUUGCGCAAGAUGUGCAGGGAGGCCGCGGCGGUCCGGGCGGCCACGGCGUCGGCGCACAUGUCGGCGUCGAGGAGGCUGCGGGUGACGACGGCCUGCAGCACGGCCACGACGGCGAAGAGGAGCCUCCGGAGGGUGUGCAGCAGGGCGGGCCACGUCGUCUGCCGCGUGUCCGGGGUCAGCCGGGCGGCCUCGAGGGCCGGGUCGACGUCGCUCAGGGGCGUGCGCUGCCACGCGCCCACCACGUUCCGCGUGAAGUUGAGCAGCGAGGCGUGGGCGCGGAUGACGGCGCGCGCAUCGGACGCGUUCUGCGCCGCGAAGCCCACCAGCUUGGACAGCGGGCCCAGGUUGGCCAUCAGGGGCCGCGACUCCAUGUUCUGGAGGGCGCGGAACGACGGCGACGCGGCCGACCAGUCGAGCAUCGCGGCGCCGGGGUCGCGGCGCACGACGGAGACGUCGGACCCCACGGCCGCGAGGAACUGGCCGUCGCGGAAGCCCUCGGACGGGCCGGCACGCGACCGCAAGCGGCAGCAGGGCGUCGCAGUCUACCCGAGACCGGUGGUGCUCGGACAGGAGAGGGAAGGCGAAGUUGAGCGAGAGGACGAUGGACGCUCCCGCCAGGGGACCGUCGGCGGCGUGCUGCUCGAGGGCGAGGUUGGCGGCCGUGACGACGGCCCUCUCCAGCGUGCUCCUCAGGGACCUCGACAGCCAUCGCCUCCUGCUACUGUUGCUGUUGCCGUCGUUGUCACCGGAACCUCCCUCGCCCUCCAUGCCCAUCAGCACGCCCGUCAGGACGAGCAGCCCGCCGCUGGCUCCCACGUCCCCCGGCCGCGUCGACACGGUGUCGCCCGCUAUCCGGGCGGCCUCGUCACUGCGCACGCGAGUGGCGGCCGUGUUGUAGAUGCUGACGAUGCGGAUGGCGGUGCGGAGCCCGUCGUGCCGCAGCCAGAUGGCCCGGGCCGUCAGGAGCUGAGACGUGAGAACACCCAGGUUCAGAGGGUUGGUCAGGUGCGAGAGGAGGUGGGUCGUCGUGCCGAUGAUCUGCUCGAGCGCAGCAAGGUCCAGCGCCUCUCCUGCGAGGACGCGAUGGCGAACCCGAAUGCCCCUCCGUCGGGCUACCGAACGCCCCGAUUCCCCUCGCUCAAUGUCGACAACAUCCACGACACGACCCCGGAGCGCGUGUACAGCCUCUACUACAUCAGUGACAUCUGGGUCUUUACGCUGGCCUGGCACUUUAUCGUCUACGCCGUCUUCCACCUGGCCGCCGUCUUCAUCACCAUGUACACCCACGGUUGGAGGAUGGCGUCGUGGAAGUACCUGUGGGCUGUGCCCGUCAUGAAUACGUGGAUACCGUUCAUAUGGAGUCUUGUCUCCCUUUCCAUUCUCGUCAUAUCCUCAUUCUCCAUGCAGGGGGGUCUCUGA